AGCUACCUAACUCUUUCAGCCUACUACUUUCUUAAUUGUCGACCACAUUUAUCACAGUAAUUAAUCACAUACGUCGCCUACGUUCAUCAUCUACUCUACUACGCAAUGGCAAGGACAAAACCACGGCCUAAGGUCACCGGUAAAGCCGGCCGGGGUGGUCCUGAUGGCAAGACAGUUACUGGCGGCAAGCCGGCUCAGAAGGCCCUUGCUAGUAAGGCUAGACGUCAAGUAGCAGGAAAGUCUACGCGAAAGGCACCUGUAGCUGUUAAGAAGAAGCGCAAGUUUAAGGCCGGCACUGUCGCAUUACGGGAAAUCAAGAGAUACCAGAGAGGUUUUGAACUACUCUUGCGAAAACUCCCCUUUUCCCGCGUAGUGCGCGAAUUUGCACAGGUGCACAAGGCCGAUAUCCGCUUUCAACGAUCUGCAAUCGAAGCUCUUCAGGAAGCUACAGAAGCUUUCUUAGUUGGUUAUUUUGAGGACUGCAACAUCAAUGCUAUUCACGCAAAGAGGGUUACUAUUCAAGAGAAGGAUUCUCAAUUGGCUAGGCGCUACUUUGCGCGCGAGUUACUAGCUUUUCUCUAGAUUAUAAGAUAUAUCUAGAUACACGUGCUUAAAUGCUAGCUGGCGAAGCCUCUGUAUAUUAUAAAUGAAACUAGUUAAUGCUACACUG